AUGCGAUGGUGCUUUAAUUUCAUUGUUUGAGAGGAGCGACGCUCGGUGUGCAUCUGCUGGGAUCAAACAGCCCCGACAGAGAGAUCCCCUUUUGUCAUGGAAAUCAGACCCUGACUCUCAGUCACACGUGGGCUUCAGAAAUGCUAAGAAGUUGACCAUCCAGCCAGGACUUGUAAAACAGAACAGAACGGGUCAAGGUGAUGGCGAGGACCAGUGUACGAUAGGACUCUCUCCACGUUUCACUCUCAUCGGCAGUAGGAUAUAUAUAUAUUUAUAUAUAGCUAAUGUGCACAGUCAAUGCGCUGUAGUUUUUUUUUGUCGCGCUUAGAAGUAGGCAAGAAGGUUGAGUUUGUUAUUCUUUUGAAAUGGCAAUCAAGUCAUUUUCGAUAAGUGUAAUUCGCUCUGUAUAGAAUACAUUUUUGUUUUCAAUGUAUAGAAACUAUAUUUAUCACUGUUCUGGUAUCGCGUAGCCUGUUUUUCAAAAAUGCUGGAUUUGGCUCUUCGGAUGGUUUUCUGUGCGCUGUUCUGUUCUAUUUCUGCGCGCGCAUCCGGGUGCCCUCUUCGUUGCGAAUGCUCCGAAGCUGCUCACACGGUGAAGUGUGUUUCCAAAGACUUGCGGAGUGUCCCGUCUGGGAUACCAGGGUACACGAGGAAUCUGUUCAUAACGGGAAACCAGAUCAGCAGAAUUGGACCGGAAUCGUUCAAAGGGUUGGACAAUAUAACAACGCUGUCACUGAGUAACAAUAGGAUAACAGAGGUAGAGUCUCAGACGUUCUCUGGGUUGCGUUCCCUCCGCUCUCUGGACCUGAGCUCCAACCAGCUGGCUGUCAUCAACCCAGAGGCCUUCACUGUUCCGGGCCACACUCUCAGGGAGCUCAACCUCAGCCGAGCUCUCUACAACCACUCCUCUCUCGUGAACCUGGCUAUGUCUCUUCGCUGGUCCACCCUGGUUGAGCUCCGGACCCUGGACCUGUCAGGGAACAGGCUAAUCUACCUGCCCUCUCACACCUUCUCCUACCUUGGGGGCCUGCGGAGGCUCAUCCUGGCCAACAACUCCCUGGUGGCCCUCCACAAUGGCACCUUCUCUGGGCUGGACUCUCUGGAGCAGCUAGAUCUGACCCUUAAUGCUCUGCGGACCGUCCAGGAGGAGGGCCUGGCUGAGCUGGCCUCUCUGCCCCCCGGGGUGAGACUCCUUCUAGGGGAGAACCCCUGGACCUGUAUCUGUGGCAUGGAGCCCUUCGCUGCCUGGCUCAACUCCUCCCAGGGGCAUGUGGGGGACGCAGAGGGCCUGGUGUGUGCCUUCCCCUCAGACAUGAGGAACACCUCUCUGCUGAGGCUGGCGGCUGGACAGGCUGGGGCGGGCGGGGACGGGGUGGCCCUGGGAUGCCACAUGGUGGGUGAGGGGGCGGACCUGGCCCUCCAGACUUCCUACGUGUUCCUUGGGAUCGUCCUGGGCUUCGUGGGACUCGUCUUCCUCUUGGUCCUCUACCUCAACCGGCAGGGCAUCAAGAAGAGGAUCAAUGACAUGCGGGAAGCGUGCACGGAGGUGUUGGAGGGAUACCACUACCGCUACGAGCACGACUCCGACCCCAGGCUCUCACAGGUCUCCACCACAGCAGACAUUUGAUGAUAGGACCCUCAAGGGGCUUCCAUGAUCCUUCUUUCAUAAUCAAAAAAAAAUGUUCUAUUGCAUUUAUAAGUUGAUAAGAUCAUGUAAAAACUGUACAUGUGAAUUGUGUGUAAAUAUAAACAUACAGUAAGUAUAUGACUGAGUAUUGUUAUUGUUUUCCUAGUAGCUUUGUCCAUGAUUAAAGCAUGCACUCUCUCAUCUGUAGUCCUUCACAACCAGUCCUCACUUUCAGUCCACACAUCGUCUGAGACUGGGGAUUACCCAUGGCUAACAAAUGGGCAUUGACAGUGAAAGAGAACUGUUGUAUGGAUGGGGGACUGACUGACUGUUCUUCUACAUUGAUUUCCCCCUCUUAAAAGUGGGGCUUCUCUGUCUGUCCUAGAAUGAAGUGUCACGUGAAAGAGUGAAACUACAUUUGGACAGUAUCAUUUAUGUAUGUUAUGAUUCUUGGAACAGAACAGAUAUGGAUGAAUAUACUUAAUUCAUGAAGCUGAAGUAAUGAAACUGAAGACUGUUCUUAUACAUUUCACCUGCUAUGAUUUUACUUAAGUAUUGUUCUUUGAGAGGAGGUCUUGUAAAUGUAUAUACUAUUGCUACCAAGCUCACAUACAGCAUAAUUAAUCAGCUCAUGAGUUGCAAGUUGUGUGACACCAACCCCUGUGAAGCUUAUGCACAAUGGCUAUGCCUGAAAUUGCACCAUAUUCCCUGUAUGGGCCCUGGUCAAAAGUACUGGACUUAUAAAGGGAAUAUGGUGCCAUUGGGACGCAGACAAUCUCUCAUUGAACUCUGAGGGCCAGCUCACCCCAGGACUGAGGAGCAUUUCUUUGGUCUUCUAUCCAUCUGCCCCAGGGUGCCUGAAAGGAAUCCCAGCAGAUUAGUCUCCAUAGCAUUCCAAAGGGAGGAGAACCUCUCCUCUAAGCUCUCCUAAAAGCAACUCUCUCUCUCAAUUGAAAAGGGCUGUAUUGACAUGGGAAACAUGUUUACAUUGCCAAAGCAAGUGAAAUACACAAUAAACAAAAGUGAAAAUAAACUAAUCAGAAAUGAGCAGUAAACAUUACACUCACAAACGUUUCAAAGGAAUAGAGACAUUUCAAAUGUCAUAUUAUUGCUAUGUACAGUAUUGUAAUGAGGUGUAAAUAGUUCAAGUAAAAAAGGGAAAAAUAAAUAAUAUGGGUUGCAUUUACAAUGGUUUUUGCUCUACACUGGUUGCCCUUUUCUUGUGGCAACAGGUCACAAAUAUUGCUGCUGUGACGUCACACUGGUAUUUCACCUAAUAGAUAUGUGAGUUUAUCAAAGAUAAGAUGAGAAGAAAAAGGACUGUUCAUUCAGUUCACACUGCACAGCCAAAGUCAUCCAGCAACGGAAAUCUCAAAACCCUCUUUCAUGAAAAUGUGCUUUGUUUUAAGUUCUCUAGUUUUAUUGUCAAGAUGAUGAGAACCAGGACGAGGCUGGGGCUAUAGGGCUGUAACUGGGGCUAUAGGGCUGAGGCUGAAGCUGGGUGUGCAUGUGGCAGAACCAAAAGCAAUCCCUCCUCCUUGAAGACAACAAGCCAUUCUCUUUAAAGGAAGGAAAGCCUGGCUGGAGCUGCAGCUUUUUCUGUUUAAGGGACAUUUUUCAGUGAUAAGAUACAGAUGAGUCUGGAAUGCCAGCAGCAGAGCAGGCAGCAGUAGUUUCAUUGAGAGACCAAAGCCUGUUCUGCUCUUAUUAACCAGUGCCAUGGAGGAACUGUUGUUGUCUUCUACAACAGAAAUAUACUAUUUGUUUUACACUUCAAUUAUAUUUAAUUCCUCUACUGUAAACAGUGUUUUUGACUAAUUUGUGUAGUGAUAGUUGACUUAAAUGGGUUGGGCGUAGAUAUGAAGGGGGUCCGGGUCUCUUUGAGAUGUGCUCUUUGUCAUGAUCUGCGAUGUUUCUGUCAUGAUAAUUGGUCCCAGGUUAAUGCUCAGUCUGCUGUGGGGAAACUAGAGGGAGAAUUAAACAACAAAGAACACAUUUCUUAUUGAUUUCUAACUCCAUUUGAUGUUUUCAUUUUGAUUGCAUGUUUUUUAGUUGAAUCAGAAAGCCUGCACAUUGUGUCGAAUCCUUUUAACCAAACUUGAAAUUCUCUAGGCAUAUUUGAAUUAGGUUUUCCUUUUUUAUAUAUAUUUCAGAUAAAAGCCUAUAAGUGUCCGCCUGGUUUUGCCAUAGCCCUGGUCAAAAGUAGCGCACUAUGUUGGGACUAGGGUACCAUUUCAAACAGACACAAUAACUUCAUAAAACAAGAAGGUGCUCUGCUUUGCUGUGGUUGAAUUGAACAAAGUUUGACAUUACUUUCUGACUCUGCUGGCUCUCAUCACAGUGUUGUUCCUCAUUAUCCUCCUGCACAAAAGCUGACUCACUCCCUCUGUGGCCGUGGUGAUGUAGGACGUGUCACAGAGAAAGACCUAACUACGAGCAAAGCUCCACUGCUAAUUGCAGGGAGUGCUGCGAGAGAGAGAGAAAAUAACUUGAGAGAGAGGGUGAGAG